CCGUGGCUGUGCUGCGGUGAGAGGCACCCAGGGGAUCAUGAAGGCCAAUGGCAGCGCUCUGCUCAAUGCCUCACAGCAGGCACCAGGCGGCGGGGAGAGUGAGCUGCCGCGGCCGUCGUGGCUGGCCUCCACACUGGCCUUCAUCCUCAUCUUCACCAUCGUGGUGGACAUCCUGGGCAACCUGCUGGUCAUCCUGUCUGUGUAUCGCAACAAGAAGCUCAGGAAUGCAGGAAAUAUGUUUGUGGUGAGCUUAGCUGUUGCAGACCUCGUGGUGGCUAUUUACCCAUAUCCCUUGGUGCUGACAUCCAUAUUUAACAAUGGCUGGAAUCUGGGAUAUCUGCACUGUCAAAUCAGUGCCUUUCUGAUGGGUCUGAGUGUCAUCGGCUCGAUAUUCAACAUCACCGGGAUCGCCAUUAAUCGCUACUGCUACAUUUGCCACAGUCUCAAGUAUGACAAACUCUACAGUAACAAGAACUCCCUCUGCUACGUGUUCCUGAUAUGGGUGCUCACGCUUGUCGCCAUCAUGCCCAACCUGCAAACCGGAACUCUCCAGUACGAUCCCCGGAUCUACUCCUGUACCUUCACCCAGUCUGUCAGCUCCAUGUACACAAUAGCGGUGGUGGUUUUCCAUUUCGUCGUGCCCAUGAUUAUCGUCAGCUUCUGCUACUUACGAAUCUGGAUCCUGGUUCUUCAGGUCAGACGGAGGGUGAAACCAGACAACAAGCCCAAACUGAAGCCGCAGGACUUCAGGAACUUUGUCACCAUGUUCGUCGUCUUCGUACUCUUUGCCAUUUGCUGGGCCCCACUCAACUUCAUAGGGCUCAUCGUGGCCUCAGACCCUGCCACCAUGGUCCCCAGAAUCCCAGAGUGGCUGUUCGUGGCUAGUUACUACAUGGCAUAUUUCAACAGCUGCCUCAAUGCGAUUAUAUACGGACUACUGAACCAGAAUUUCAGAAAGGAAUACAAAAAAAUUAUCGUCUCCCUGUGCACAGGCAAGAUGUUCUUUGUGGACAGCUCAAACGAUGCAGCAGAUAAGAUUAAAUGUAAGCCCGCUCCCCUAAUAGCCAAGAACAAUUUAAUAAAAGUGGACUCUGUUUAAAAAGGCAGUGGUGCUAACAAAUUACCCGCACUGGUUGGGGUCUUACUGCUUUCUGUGUUGGCUUUCUCUUGUCUAGAAAUCAGCGUAGUCCAACUGGGAGCUCUUUAGGGUUGCCUCUGUGUGGCCGGAACUGAACCACUGUCUGCUUUAUAAUCAGAUCUCUAGUUCUGCCCAUGAAGGGGAAUACGGAACAUGUACAGCCUCUUGUUAAAUGAACCACGUGUAUCAGUGGAGGAGGUUGAAGUACAAUGCGGAAUGAAUUCAAGACAAGAGAGACUGUGGGGACCUUUAUUUUAUUGGAAACAUGUGACACAAAUGUAGUACAGGCGUCCCUCCUUACCUAUGGUUGAACUGAAAUAUUCACAAAAACGUCACCUGUGUUGAAUAUGGACACAUUUCUUUUUCAUGUCGUUAUCCCCUAAACAAUACGGUAUAACCCUGACAAUGUACUGAGUGUUACAUGUAACCCAGCAAUGAUUUAAAGUAUUGUAUGUGUAAGAGACAUGGGUCAGUUAUAUACAAAUACUGCCUCGAUUUUCUCUAAGUUGUCUGAGCAUCUUCAGGUGUUCCUAUGUUUGGUGUUGGGGAUCCUGGAAGUAGUCACAGUAGGGACAACCAUCCUUUUUUUCUCCUCACAUCUUCAGAACAAUCCCUAGCAGGGAAAGGGUUAGUUUGUUUUAUUUGUAAAUGAGCGGGCGGAACACAAAGAGAAAGUGAGAGGAAAGACUCUUAUUAAAGAGUGAAAAGCUGAAAACGAAUCUACAAGUGAGUCCACGGCAAUAGCAACCACCAUGGUCACGAGCACACACCAUUCGGCGGGCACUUUCACAAAAUUGGGCACCUCUAUCGAUAAUCCAAAUAUUGUCCACGCUGCGCCAGGCCACAGGGGCCAACGGACCAAGAACUGCUCUACCCUAAAGAUUUUUAUUCAGAUGUCAGUUAUUGUGAUGUUUGAAGGCACUAGCUAAGUACAAAGCUUUGUUCAACUUUAUUAGGCAUUUGACCUAGGGUUUUGUCACUACUUUGGAUUUCUGUUGACUGGCUGGAUUAUCUACAUAGUUCACUGAAAAAUGAAGGGUUCAGGAGAACGUGGGCACAGUACAGCAAGUGCUCUAGGUUGAUGAUCUGAUUGCAUCAGUAAGUAAUUGAAACCAAAUAGCUCUUACUUGACAGAAAGUGCAGAACCAAGACUCUUCAGUAGUUCACACCCAUGUUUGUUUGUCUUAGAGUGAAAACCGAACAAACACAAACCACGUCUGACAGAGCUCUGGUGUUAAAAGUGCUGCCUGUUCUUUAUCCCAGAUGUCUGCUAGGAGCUACUGUGGUGUUACAGACAGUGCUUUGCUACAAAUUGCAGGUAUGUUUUCCUUCAUUUUAAAGACCUAUAACAAAAACUGUUAC